CCCGAGCUGAGACGCUGCCGCGGUGCCCGGCAAGGCUUAAUCCGCGGCUGGGGAGAGCCCCUGCCAGUUCCUCCUACCCUGGGCCCCGCGGGAGGAGUGCGUAGACUGAAGUAAAAAUCGCUUACGGAAUCCUUGGUGAAAAUCAAGGCUUUCCUGCCCCACUUUAGGCAGUAACGCGCAAGCUGCAUGGGCCGGGGUCGCCAUCUGGGACUUUGCCGCUGCCAUCCUGGCGAGCGGCCCUGAGAGCAAGUGCUGCUCCUGAGGGGGCGGGAGAGGCAGGGACGGGGCUGUCGGUGGUGCAGGGAGGCUCUGCCUUGGGGGGGUUGUGUGCAGGGUGAGGGAAGGGCUGUUGGAUUUCGUUGCUCCGUAAACAGCUGCCUCUGAAAAACUUUUUUCGGAGGAGGGUUUCUGCUCUGAGGAUUUCUAGCUUCCUGUGAAAGAUGAGGCUGCUUCUCUGGCUUUUUCGGGAAGCAACACCGCAAUCGCCAUCGCCAGAGAUGGGCAGCAGCAGCACCAGUCUCCGAUCUGCUCAGAGGAGGCUGUGAGCAGCAUCAGCAAACUCUUGAUGCCAGGGGUGAAUACCUUGUUUUCGCGCCUCAAGUAAUACAGUUCUGCAUGAGGUCAAAGGUCUGAAAUCCAGGCAGCAGAGCUGGUUAAGCUGUUAACCCCGGGCCAAGUGAGCUGCUUCUCUUUGUCUCUGGUUUUGUGCUUGAGCAACAGAGCUACCCGGCUAAGGCGAAGAGCGGGAUCAAGGGUUACUGAAAUUCUUGCUUCUGUGCAGCUUGUACUUUUUACACAAAAGGUUCAUGCUAAGUUAUAAGGUUGUAGAGAAACUCGUGCUGGAAGGGGCGUUCAGAGGCUACCUGGCACAGUCCCCUGCUCAAAGCAGGGCCGACCUCAGGAUUGCAAGAAGCCUCGAUCAUCUCCAGUUCAGGCUUGAAUUGGGAGCUCUUUCCCAUCAGUACCCGAACUCAGCCUCCUGAAAGAAAGGCUCAUUACAAGUAACCUGUAUGCACAGCUGAAAGCCUCAGGAAGAGUUUGUCAGAAUGAAGCCUGUCAUUGUGGUGCAUGGUGGAGCUGGCCGGAUCUUUAAAGAACGGGAAGAGGGAAGUCGUGCUGGUGUUGUCAGAGCUGCUCUGCAAGGUUAUGGUAUCCUCAAACAGGGAGGUAGUGCUUUAGAUGCAGUUGAGGAAGCAGUACGAUCAAUGGAAGAUGAUCCUCAUUUUAAUGCAGGCUGUGGAUCUGUUCUAAAUGAAAAAGGUGAAGUAGAAAUGGAUGCCAUUAUCAUGGAUGGAAAAAAAUUAGACUCUGGAGCAGUAUCUGCUGUUAAAUGUAUAGCAAACCCAAUAAAACUUGCUCGACUUGUCAUGGAAAAGACAAAGCACAUGCUGACUGACCAUGGUGCACACCUGUUCGCUCAGGCCGUGGGUAUUCCUGAGAUUCCAGGGGAGAAACUCAUAACUCAGAGAUCCCGGGAAAGAUGGAAGAAGAAUCUUGAGCCAGAUUCCAACCCUGAGGAGUUUCAGAAAGACCUUGGAACAGUUGGUGCUGUUGCUAUAGACAGUGAAGGAAAUGUGGCUUGUGCAACAUCCACUGGAGGACUCUCUAAUAAACUGAUUGGCCGUGUUGGUGACACAGCAUGCAUAGGAAGUGGAGGUUAUGCUGAUAACCAUUCUGGUGCUACUUCAACCACGGGACAUGGGGAGAGCAUUAUGAAAGUGGUCUUAGCCCGACUGAUCCUCUAUCACAUGGAGCAAGGAAUGUCACCAGAGAUGGCUGCUGACACUGCACUGGACUACAUGAAGACACGAGUUGGGGGCUUGGGUGGUGUCAUUGUUGUGAGCAAUUCAGGAGAGUGGGCAGCAAGGUUCUCCACCAAGCAGAUGGCCUGGGCUACAGUAAAAGAUGACCAGCUACAUUAUGGGAUUUAUGCUGGGGAAAGACACACAAAAUCUGUUGAGGAAGCUCUUAGAUCUGAAAGUGAGGGAUUUUGAGAAUGAAGAAGCAUUGACUGGGGAAGAGUGAAGGUCUCAAUUUUUUGCUGUAGGACUGAAAGAACUCUACUCUUUUGAUUGGUGCACAGGCAUCACCACAUUUACAGUCAAAAUGAAAUCUGGACAUAGUUCUCCAGCAGUCAUGGAUAUAUAUAGUGUUUAAUAAUACCCUUUGGGAAGCCAGAAGAUCCUCUUUGUCUAGAUAAGAAAGAGAAUGGUUGGCAGGUUUCUUGGUUACCAUGUGUUAGCCCUACAUUAAAGGGACCCUGAGUUUCAGUAUUAGGGGAACUGCUUUCCAUGCACUUUCUCGGAGACUGCUGCCAGGAUGAUUUUAGAGAUGAAUGUUUAUUAAUUAAAAACUGAAUCUGGAAAAUUGCAUUGCUCUCCAGAAUCUUUUGAGCAGUCAUCUCAUGGUAACAGAGUGCUAACUGUCAGUCAAAUACUACCAAACAGCAGUGAAGGGUUCAUACUAGGUCACUGUCACAGGCUUCAGGUAGCUGUUGGGGGAAGUCAUAAUGAAGUAAAGAAAAUAAUUCUUCUUCAGAGCUGGGAAGUGUGAUGCUUUCUAAGGAGUUCUGUUUUAUUUAAUUAAUUGGCACCAAACCUACAAUUAAAAACCAGUAUUUCAAAGUAUAUUUGGAUAGAUAACAGGAAGGAUGCUGCAAGUGUCCAAGGCCAGGUUGGAUGGGACUUGGAGAAGCCUGGUCUAGUAGGAGGUGUCCUUGCCCAUGCAGAGGUGAUGAAAGUAGAUGAUCUUUUAUGUCCCUUCCAAUCCAGACCAUUCUGUGAAAGGAUAUUAUUGACUUAAUAUCUGUGGUAGUAAUAAAACAGGUCACUGUUUCAGUAAACAUAAAUUGAACAGCAGUCUUUACCACUCAAAUACAAAGGUGACAGGCACCUUUUAAGUCUACACAUGAGGUGGAGAGGUGAUGACUAACUGGAAAAAUAAUUAUCUAAAAUCAAGUGAUAAAAGCAAGCUGUACUAAACCAAAUAAAACUACCUUUUAAUUA